AUGACUCCACCCAUCAAUAAUCCUCGCUCAUCAAAAUCACAAUUAUCAUCUGAAUUAGCUCAAAUAGAAUCCAGUUCAACUGAUGAUGAUGAUAAUGUUGAAUUAACUCCAAAUUUAAAUAAUACCAAACAUGAUAUUACAUCAUGGCAUCAUCAAAUAGCUAAAAGAUUAAUUUCUAUAAAUGAUGAUUUACAUGUUAUCAUAACAAAAUUUGACGAAAACACUCAUGAUGAAAUCGAAAAUAAUAUGCGAUAUAAAAUAAUAAAAUUUGAAUUAAUGAGAAUAGCAUUAAUGUUAAAUCCAACAGAAUUAGCAACAUAUAACGUUAAUGAAUCAAUUGUUCCAUAUAUAGAUUUAAAACAACAAUUGGAUAAUUUAUUUAUUGAAAAUAAAACUUAUCAACAUGAUCAAUUACGUUUAAAAAUUAAUGAUAUUCUAUUAAAAUUAAAACAUAAAACGAAUAAACUACGAUCAAUUUUAUUUAAUUCAUCUGAUCAAGAUAAAUCAUUGUAUUAUAUUCGAAAAUAUCGAAAGAAAACUACAAGUUCUUUGAUAGAUAUACGUGAACAUAUGAUUGAAUAUAAUCGUAUAAAUCAAAUUCUUGAACAAGAUGAUGAAGUUACAAAACAUCAAAAGACUAUUAAUCAAGUGAUUACAGAAAUGUUUAAAAAAAAUGCUCUUAUUGAUCAACGUGUUGUAGAUUAUAAAAUACUAAUCAAAGAAUAUAAAGAUAAAUAUGAAUUUCUCUCAUCACCUGUAAUAUCAUACUCAUCAGAAUCACCUCGGAAAUCGUUAUCAGAAGAUGAUCUUCUUUCUUUCGAACCAUUGGAAUUUCCUGAUUUACACUGUGAAGCUAAUGAAUUCUUCGAUUCCGAUCCAGUAAUUCUUCAAAAGAACAAUAUAUAA